UGUAAGCGAGGGACGGCAGGGUGUGCGCUGGACCCCGAGUGCAGAAACAGAUCGCAGAUUUGUUUUAGUCUCUCUCUAAACGGGAAUCGUUUUUCUUCUUUCUUUUGAAACAGGAAUGCCGAAAGUUAAAAGGAGCCGGAAGCCUCCUCCGGAUGGUUGGGAGCUGAUUGAGCCCACGCUGGACGAGCUGGACCAGAAAAUGAGGGAAGCUGAAACCGACCCACACGAAGGGAAGAGGAAGGUGGAGUCGCUGUGGCCCAUUUUCCGACUUCACCAUCAGCGGAGCCGCUACAUCUUUGACCUCUUCUACAAGAGAAAGGCCAUCAGCAGAGAGCUCUAUGAGUACUGCAUUAAAGAGGGCUAUGCUGAUAAGAACCUGAUUGCUAAGUGGAAGAAGCAGGGCUAUGAAAACCUGUGCUGCCUGCGCUGCAUCCAGACCAGAGACACCAACUUUGGAACCAACUGCAUUUGCAGAGUCCCCAAGAGCAAGCUUGAAGCGGGCAGGAUCAUCGAAUGCACUCACUGUGGGUGCAGAGGAUGCUCUGGCUGAAGGGAGGCUGGCUGCUGCCAUGGGACACGAGGGCUCAUAUUAAACCUUGACCUGUGUGCAUUUGAAACUCCUGGACCGUGCUUCGAUUACAACUGUGUCAGCUACAAAACCACCUUCAGUUUACACUGUGAUUUGUCAAGCAACAUUAUUACACUGUGUGUUGAUUUGUAAAGAUAUUAGGGUGUGUAAAAUGAAACUUCUCAUUGCAGUCUGGUUUUGAUGUACUUUUCUUAUCUCUCUUUUUUUAUUUAUAUAAUUGCUUAUUUAAGUCAUUUUAAAAAAAAAAUAAAAUUCAUACUGUUAAA